CAUCACUCCACUCAAUUAUUUCUCUCUUUAUCUCCCCCCACCCCACCCCGCCUUUUCCCCUCUUCACAUCCCAAAACCCAAACCACAUAAAUCCCCCCAUACCCACAUCCCUUCCCUCUCAAAAAGUUCAACUCACCAUAUACUCCAUUUCUUCCUUCCCACUCCGCCCCAAUAAUGUUUAUAUUCGCCUUUCUCCUACUCCUUUCGCCCUCCCAACUCGCUUUUUCCUUCACUGUAACCACCACCUCCGCCGGCCAUGCAAUCCCAUUUCCCGCCUUCGAGCACCUCAACGUCAAAGACUCCAUCGCCGCCGCAACCCACCUCCGCCCCCCCGCUUCCGCCACCACAACCCAAUACACCGAUGAUAAUGAGGUUAUCCAGAAGCCCCUCACCAGUAACUCCACUGUUAAGCUUCAUUUAGUCCACAGAGAUAAACUUGCGUUUUCGUGGCACAAUGAUCAUCGCCGCCGCUUCGAGGCCCGAAUGAAAAGGGAUGCCCGGAGGGUCGCCGGCUUGCUCCGGGCCGCCUACGAGGUGGCGGAUUUUGGGGCGGAGGUGGUUUCGGGUAUGGACCAGGGCAGUGGUGAGUACUUCGUGAGGAUUGGGGUGGGCAGCCCGGCCCGAAGCCAGUACAUGGUGAUUGAUUCGGGUAGUGAUAUUGUGUGGGUACAAUGCCAACCCUGUAGCCAGUGUUACCACCAGUCCGACCCGGUGUUCGACCCGGCUGAAUCCGCCUCCUUCUCCGGAGUUUCAUGCAGCUCCUCUGUCUGCGAACGGGUCGAGAAUUCGGGUUGUCAUGCGGGUCGGUGCAAGUACGAGGUCUCGUAUGGAGACGGGUCGUACACCAAAGGGACCUUGGCCUUGGAAACACUCACAAUCGGGCACACGGUGGUCCAAAACGUCGCUAUUGGAUGCGGGCAUAUGAAUCGGGGCAUGUUCAUUGGGGCGGCCGGGUUGUUGGGUCUCGGAGGAGGGUCCAUGUCGCUCGUGGGGCAGUUGGGCGGGCAAGCGGGUGAGGCAUUCAGUUACUGUUUAGAGAGCCGGGGCACGGGCUCAUUCGGGUCGUUGGAAUUCGGGCGCUCCGUACUGCCGGUUGGCGCAGCAUGGGUCCCGCUGCUCCGAAACCCACGGGCCCAGAGUUUUUACUAUAUCGGGUUAUCGGGUCUAGGAGUCGGAGGAACACGGGUGCCUAUAUCUGAAGACACUUUCCGACUAACCGAAUACGGCGAGGGAGGGGUGGUGAUGGAUACGGGCACGGCGGUAACGCGGCUGCCGACGGCCGCAUACGUUGCAUUCCGCGACACGUUCAUGGCGGAGACCGCCAACCUCCCUCGUGCACCCGGAGUUUCAAUAUUCGAUACGUGUUACGACUUAAAUGGGUUCGUAACAGUUCGGGUACCAACCGUAUCGUUCUUCUUGUCGGGCGGGCCGAUCCUGACCCUUCCGGCUCGGAACUUUCUAAUUCCGGUGGAUGAGAGGGGCACAUUCUGCUUUGCGUUCGCCCCAUCUCCAUCGGGUCUUUCUAUAAUAGGAAACAUUCAACAAGAAGGCAUCCAAAUCUCUUUCGAUUGGUCAAGUGGAUACGUUGGGUUCGGGCCAAAUGUUUGUUGAUGAUGACCCAUUAGUGAAAUUUUGGUGGUCUAAAUUGUAUAAUACUACUUUUUUUCUUUCUGGGUUAGUAUAUCUUGUAUUUAAAUUAAUUAUAUAUAUAUAUAUAUUAAGAGUGGUGUGGGGAAGUCUCCUAGGUGUGAUUUUGUCCUCGUGGGGGGAAUAAGGAUGUAAUAAAAGUAUAUUACAUUAGUAAUGAACUUGAGUUUACUAGGUAUAAAUUAAGGAAGGAAAGCGAGUGUGAAAAGGGGCAUUAGCAAUAUGUAAUGAGAGUCAAAACCCAAAAUACCCUUUGUGAUUUAGAGCUGUAUUGCAGUCAAAAAAGCAUUGGACAAAAAGGGCAUUUGCUUGGGAA